UCGACACAUAAUAAUGAUCAAUUAUCGUUAUCAUCAUCAUCACCAUCUAAAACAAUUACUAAAAUAAAUCAAAAAGAUCCACAUCAGAAACUGAUUAAACAGGUGAAUAUUGUGGUACCUACGGCGAUAUCUACAACGACAACUACCACAUCGACAAUAACGAUGACAACUAAUAAACAACAAUCAUUAGUAGUUGGUCAUCAAUUACAAAGUUUGAAUGAAGAAGAUUUAUCCGCCAGUGGUGGUGGUGGUUUCGAUAGAGGUGAUGAUGUUGACGAUGACGAUGAUGAUGGAACAAAACGACAAAAAUCGACCAAAACAAUUACAACCGAUUUGCAACAGCAACAACAACAACCGGUUGGAGCACCAUCAAUGACAUCGACAACAAAUACUGUUACAAUGGCAACAUCCGGUGGUGGUGUUAAUGGUGGUUCAUCCUAUUCAUCAACAAUAGCAGCAGGAAAAGCAACAAAAACUGAACAAUUACGUAUGGAUAGUGAUAGUAUUGAAUCAACAUCAAAUACAGAAUCAUCAACAAGUUUGAAUAUUCAAAAAUCAAAUCAACAACAACAGCAGCCAAUUUCAUCAUCAUCAUCAUCAGCAGUAAUAACAAAAACCGGUAUCAUACGUAGUGGUGCUUGUAUAUUACAACAACAAUCAUCAUUAUCAUCGACAAUAAUUCCAACAACAACAACAACAACUGGACCACCACAACCACAACCACCACCACCGGCAACAACAACAACAACAACAACAACACAAACGAAUAAUAAUAAAAAAAUUAAUCAAGUUCGUGCACAGAUACUUGUUAAUGAAGUACAUGAUUGGUGGCUAUUACAUUUAAAUUGAUUGAUGAUUGAAAUCUAUGUGAAAAUUCUACGAACAAUUUCAUUUCAUUUCAUCAUAUUUUUU